AUGUUGCGCAUCAAUGAGCUUCUCAAUCCCAUUGGACCCGAAGAAAGCGGCGGAAAUGGUGACAAAAUAGCUCACGCCUCUUCAAGGGCCUCUAAUUCCUGGCAUCGAUACCAAGUACUGAAUAGUGAUCAAUACCGAGUACCCAGUAUCACGCCUACCGAGCAAAUUUUGCUUUCAACACCAGGCACACAAGGACCAGUCAACUUUCCUCCAUUCGAGAGCGUCGAUGAGAAAACUAGGCAGGAAUUAACAGCAUUCAAUAUCCCGCAGUUUGGAUCCAUCAUGAAGAGCUAUGAGCAUAUUCCUUACAACAGCUCCAAAAAGGACUUCUUCGCGAAGACUGGCCGAGAAUGUAUCGAAGCUUUCAAAUAUACCUUUCAGAUUCCAAGGAAUCCUGCCGUGUUCACAGUCAUGUGGGACUACAACAUAGGUCUUGUUAGAAUGACCCCCUUCUUCAAAUGCAUGGGGUAUCCCAAGACAAGGCCGUCUCAAAUGCUGGACAAGAAUCCUGGGCUAAGAGAUAUUUGUCCCAGCAUCACAGGGGGGGCAGUGUUUGCGCAAGGGUAUUGGAUGCCAUACAAAUGUGCCAAAGCUGUAUGUGCCACUUUUUGCUAUGGUUUUGCGGCAGCUUUGAUUCCGCUGUUCGGUCCUGGGUUUCCAUCGGAGUGCAUAUCGCCAGAUUCAGCGCACUUCUCUAGUAUGGCCAUCAAUCAGGAAUUGAUCAAGGAAGUUUCGGAGCAAGCGCAACAGCUUCAGCAAGGACCUGCCAAGCAGAGUGCAACAAGCUAUAUCUUCUCACAGCGACCUCCAGGGCGGAAUGUCCGCACAACACGGCCUACGACUAUAGGAGGAAACCCCCAAAUGAACACUGAACCCAUUAGCAGACCGCAGACCUACCUCAACCCAGUCACAAGAAGGCAACAGCAGAAUGAUAAAUCUCGAGCGGGCGACCAAGGCUUCUACCCGCUGCCAAGGACGGAGACCAGCGCGAUAAGACGGCCGGCUCAGACCAGCGGAGUUGUAUUGUCAAGCCAUGCCAGCGAGUAUUUUCCUGCUGUAAGGGCCCCAGAAACUACUUCCCUUAGACGGUCAAGACAAAUACCUUCGACAUCUCAAUCUUACGAAACCAGCACGAGGAGUAGGAAACGACGAAAGCUGAGCUCUGAUGCGUCCUGCGAUGGUGUUUACGACUCCACGCCCAGGCACAGCCAGUCAACAAGGACAUCACUACCGAAGAGCAGACUCCCAAGGGGCACCAAUCUGAGCGAACAGAAAUGUAUGGAAGAGCGCGGGGCUGGUUCCUCUGGCACCACCAAUACGUUUGUGACGGGGGCAGGAGAAGGGGUGGUUGAUGACGGAUGUAGAAGCCAGGCAGGUCCAUUCGUUUGGACCCCUGGAAGGAGGAAAUCCAUCUAA